ACAAAGCAAGCAGCAAGGGCUUGGAACACAUCACUCGAUCUUCAGUCAAGUGUGACCAGCCUCUGCCACUGCAGUGGUUAUUCUGAACCUCGGUCUUCCAUUCUGUAUUUCUGGGUCAGCGCGGCAGCAAUUCAUCCAGUUACCAUGUCACUGUCUGCGUACAAACAGAAGAUGAAAGAACUUCCUCUUUUUAACCUUCUCUGUUCCUGCUUCAACCCAGAGCCUCGUAAUAAAACUCUCUAUAAGUUUGAAGACCCCGUUGACCUGAACUGGUGCUUCAUAUCUGACAUGGAGGUGAAGGAGCUGAACAAGAGAGCGUCAGGCCUGUCCUUCGAAGUCAUCCUGAAACCACCGUCAUUUGAGGGAGUCCCAGAAUUCCACACUGCCUUGCCAAAGAAACGGGAUCCUUCCCUCGAGGAGAUCCAGAAAAAACUUGAGGCUGCUGAAGAGAGACGGAAGUGUCAGGAAGCAGAGUUACUGAAGCACCUGGCAGAAAAGAGGGAACACGAGCGAGAUGUGAUCCAGAAAGCUAUCGAGGAGAACAACAAUUUCAUCAAGAUGGCGAAGGAGAAACUGGAGCUGCGGAACGAGAUCCAGAAGGAAAACCGUGAAGCUCACCUGGCGGCCAUGCUGGAUCGACUGCAGGAGAAGGACAGGCGUGCAGAGGUGGUCCGAGAAAACAAAAGACUCCGAGCCAGUGCAGCGCAGUUGAGGAUCCUGAAUUAGGAUCGGCUCUGGGCCCCUCUGGGUUUUUACUGUAAAUAGUCGAUUGAAAUAAAGAGCGCAGCUGGCUUUAUAGGGAGAGGAAACACCAUCGGCAGCGAGCGUGAACUGAAAUGUUAACUCCAUUCUUUAAUCCAGAGCAGUCUGGGUCUGGUCGUGUCUCACUAUCCGUCUUCACUCUGUUACUGUGAGUCUCACUGACAGAGCCAGCUCUGAUUGCUGAAAGUUCGAUUCUCAGCUCACAGGCAGUCAGGGAUGUUGGCAUUGCUCGUGAUACUCCCACUCUGAGAAUGAAUCAAACCAAUGUAUGAUCAGCUUUGGUCACUGUCUGUCAUCUCGUCUGUCUGAUUCCUGAAUAAUAUUUCACACAAUGAUUGGAAA